AUGUUUUGUCAGAAUUGCACUGUUGAGUUCUUGUUAAGCGUCAAGGCGACCGAAGAUCGCAUCAAGGAUGUCACCCAGCGCGACUUGAAAUCUUCGAACGAUGCCGUGGUACCUGUUGAAAUUGACGUGGACAAGCAAGGUGUAUUGGAAGAAUGCAAGAUGGACAUAUGCAUUGCGAAGCUGUACAAGGGUCAGGAGAUCACCCUCCGUGCUUUGGCGAAAAAAGGGAUGGGAAGUCUCCACGCCAAGUGGUCGCCAGUUGCCACUGUAACUUUUCAUCACGAACCAGAAAUUUACAUCAAUGAAGAGAAGAUGGAAGCUUUGACACUUGCCGAGAAACAGAAUUGGGUUGAAAGUAGCCUCGAUCUCCCACAAAACCAGAGUUUUCCUGUCCCUGCUACUCUUGUUAAAGUCUUCAAACUCGACCCAGCCACUAGCAAGGUGAUGGUGGUCAGUCCGGGCGCCUAUACCAGCCAAGAGCUCCAAAGGAACGUAGAAGCGGCUGGGAUGGCAGAGCUUGUCGAAAUCGCCUGGCGAGAUGACAGUUUCAUAUUUUCAGUGGAAUCAACCGGAGCCAUUGCCCCAGCAAAGAUAUGUGUGGAUGCUGUCAACAUACUGAAGAAGAAGCUGCUUGCAUUGAGGAUUGCAGAGGAUGGAUCUCCAUUGCCAGUUGAUGAUAACGAGCGUGUCUUGCAGGAAAUUUCGUUUCAAGCAACGGAUCAGAGCAGACAACAAGCGCAGCUUGAAUCAGAUAACUUCGCAGAUGGCUUCGCUAAUCUGGAGAUGAAUGAGAAAGCUCCGAAUGAGCCAGACUGGGAUUAA